CGCUAAAGACUCGGUCCGCCAUUGGCAUCACGUGACCUCAACAUACCGCCUUGGAAACCCCUCGUUUCUCUUUCGGCCACUUCACCGGCAAGACCCCGGUCACCCCUCAAGCAACGCACGCGUGCAACGCGCGGGGUUUCCAUGUCCGAAGGCGCGGCGCGCGCUGCCGUCGUGGAUGGCGAAGAAGGGCGCGAGAGCGAAGGAGGAGGAGCCGCUGAAGAGCGCGAGGAAGCGGAAAACUGCCCGGGCUGCUUUCUACUGCAUGAACGAGAAGGAGCUGGUGGAGGCGGCGCUCUCGCGUCUCACCGACGCCGCCCGCGAGGAUGUCGCUCUCCCCGCUGACCGCAAGGUUGAAGACAAGGCAGCAGCCACCACUGUGAACACGGGCGAGGACCCGGCCACUGCAGAGAAGACGGCAGAGCUUUUGACAUCAGCGGAGCAGUCUUCAGACGGCGGUGAUGCCCUGGAUACAACGUGUGUUUCAGAAACAGACGUGGAGAUCAGCCCGCGGCAUCUGGGCCCUGAGGGUCAGAGGGCAGGACCUGCACGGGAUCAUGGCGGUCUGGUGAAUAUCGGACUGAAGGCUGAGGGAAAAGAGAAGGAUGAUGCCUUGCGGCUUGUGAGGGAAAUAUUUUUCACCUGAUGAUGAUGAACUCCAGCAUACGCCAUCUAGAACCACAUUUUGGUGCGGCAUUGCACAUCUUAGUCUGGAGUUCAGUGUUAAAGGAGCUGCUGUGUAUUUCAUACAGCUGACAUGAGUGAAUGGAACUCCCAUUAACACAAAUAACGUGGUAUUUUGUGAACAGAAAUGUUUUGCUGAAAGCUUUGACCAGAAAGCCGGAACAUGAGUGACGUAUAGAUGUGUAGUAGUACUUUUUAAAUUAUAAUGUGAAACCUAAAGCAAGUGGGUUUUAGGUAAAGAGAUCUUUCCACCACAAGUUUUUUCAGCUUUGAUGAAUUAUGAAGUGGCCGUGGCUGCACUGUCCUUUAUUUCCAUUAUCUUAAGCAACUUUGUACAAACGUUGAAAACUGGAAAGCCUUAAAUACCUUUGCCCGUGUUCUGGACUCUGAGAUGAGCUUCUCCGGAUAAGUGUUCAUUGUCAAGACUUUGUCUUCUUCAAACAGUGUGCACGGUUACCGUUGAGUAAAUCCUCACCUCGCCUAUGGUCGUCCAAGAUUAAACUCUUAAUUGUUUAAAAGCUAAAUAUCGGGAAAACUCCAAAAGCCGGUUUGAGCUCUGCGAGGUGCUUUAGAGUCGUCAACAAAAUCAUUUGUUAAGGAAGUAUUUCAUCCCAAGUUGUCGACAUUAAAGAUUUGUUGUAUUGUGUUCUACCACCAUUGCAUUAAAGCAAACCAUAUUACUCCAA